UCUCAAAUAAUUGCUCAGAAAAUUCACCCCAACACUUGAACUGCAGUAACAACAUGAUUUCCGACUCCGACCAACAAAAUCUCCGACCAUCGCCGCAUGUUCUGAUUUUCCCGAUGCCGGUGCAGGGCCACCUCAACUCCAUGCUAAACCUCUCCCAUCUCUUCUGCCUAGCCGAAUUCGACGUCACCUUCAUCAUCUCCGACUUCAGCCACCGCCGUCUCCUCCAACAUCGAAAAUCAAUGGAUGGAUUAAUUGAAAGCAUACCGGGAAUGGAAGGUUUCAUAAGAAGGCGUGACUUGCCGAGUUUUUACCGUGUCGAUGACCUAAACGACCCCAUUCUCAAGGACAUUGUAGCUGUAACGAUGCUGAUUAAGAGGGCGCAAGUUGCCAUAUUCAACACUUGUGAAGAUUUAGAGGGGCAUAUAGUUGCAGAGGUACGUAAACACGUGCCAAGAGUUUUCUCCAUCGGCCCAAUCCACGAGCAAGUGAAAUACAGACUCAUGGAGAAGAAGACGGAGUCCUCGAUAAUCACGGCCAGCCUAUGGGCGGAAGACUGGGGCUGCAUCGAUUGGCUGGACGCGCAGCCGCCUAAAUCCGUCAUCUAUGUGAGCUUUGGGAGCUUAGCACUUGUGACGAGAGAGCAAGUGUUAGAGCUCUUGCACGGCUUGCUCGACAGUUCGCAGAGGUUUUUGUGGGUCAUGAGGCCGGAUUCCAUCACCGGGAACGAUGGAGAGGAUCCAGUUCCGGUGGAUUUAAAGGAACUUGUUAAAGGGAAGGGUUUGGUUGUAGAGUGGGCCCCACAAGAGAAGGUGCUCAACCACCCUGCAGUCGGAGGCUUUUUGACGCACAGUGGAUGGAAUUCGACUCUUGAGAGCAUUGCUGCUGGCGUGCCGAUGGUGUGCUGGCCAUAUUUUGGGGAUCAAACGAUGAAUAGUAGGUUUGUGAGUGAGGUUUGGAAGAUCGGAUUGGAUAUUAAGGACACUUGUGAUAGAAAGAUUAUUGAGAAUGCAAUUAGGAAUUUGAUGGAAGUGAGAAAGGAUGAGUUUAUUGAAAGGGCUGAAAAUUUGGCUAAACUUGUGAAAAUGACUGUUAGUAAAGGGGGUUCGUCGUAUAAUAAUCUAGAUUACUUAAUUCAGUAUAUCAAGUCGUUGGUGAUAUAGUUAUGUAUUGCCAAUGGUAUUAAUUGGUAUUGAGUAAGAGUCAGGUGCACCCAAUUGUGCAGUAUAUAAGUAUGUGAAAUUAUGAAUAGUACCUAGUGGAUGACUAAAGAUUAUUGUACCACAAAUUGAUUUGAACUCCCAUUGUGUUAUGAUACGUGGAACUUACUCAAA